AUGGAUCAGAAAAAUGAACAAGUAAUUAUUCACAAUAUAUUUGAUGUAACAAGACAAACUGAAACAAUUAAUUUUAACUCAAGUAUUCAAAAUCAACGUCAAUUAUUUCACGGUUCAAAAUAUUCAAACUUUUUGGGUAUCUUAUCGCGCGGUUUAUUAUUACCAAAAAUUCUUGAUAAAGAAGGUGGAACAAGAACUGAUAUUGGACACCUUGGUUAUGGACUGUAUUUUUCAGACUCAAUUAGCACAUCAUUAAAAUAUACAGUAAAAAGUAAUCAAAAUGGGAAACGUUUAGUGUGUAUAUGUAAUGUGGCACUUGGGAACAGUCCGAAUUAUUAUUCUUCUUCUUAUGAUUUGAUACAACCGCCUGAUGGUUAUGAUAGUGUACAUGGUGUCAAAAUGACAAGUGAAAAUCAUUCAAUAUUUAAUGAUAACGAAUAUGCAAUUUAUAAUCUUGAUCAGCAGCGUCUUCUUUAUGUCGUGGAAGUCUCGUGGAAACCACACGAUAUUGUUUCAGCUAUUCCAGAAUUGUUGCCUAUUAUUCGAGACCAAUCACGUGCAUUGACAGACCAAAAGUCGACGAUUGAAGUACCAGAGUUAUUCGAAGAUGAAGUGAUAAAAAUUGCCGAACAAGACUAUGGUCUCAUAUUAAAUUCUGGUGAACGACUACCAUUAAAAGAAUUCCAUAUACGCGCACAGUUAGUCGAUGUAACAACAGAAGUUACUUUAUAUCAACUGUAUCAUAAUACUAGUUCAACACCAAUUGAAGCGAAAUAUGUCUUUCCAUUAGAUGAACAAUCGACUGUGUGUGGUUUUGAAGCACACAUUAAUAAUAAAGUAGUUGUUGGUGUGGUGAAAGAGAAAGAACAGGCAAAAAAAGAGUAUAGAGAAGCUAUACAAAAGGGUCAUGGAGCUUAUCUAAUGAAUCAAGAACAAGCGGAUGUUUUUAGUGUUUCUGUCGGAAAUUUACCUCCUAAUUGUGAAGUUGUUAUUAAAAUUACCUAUGUUGCUGAUUUACCAAUUGAGAAUGGUGAUAUUGUUUUUCGAAUACCAUCAAAAGUGGCUGAAUGGCAAGCUAACGAAGUAAUUAAUGAUAAGAGUAAUCAAACAAUGUUACCAUCGAUAGGUAUUACAGAAUCAAAUCAAAUCAAAUUUAGUUUAAAAGCGUCCAUUCAAAUGCCGUACGAUAUUCAAAAAUUAUUUUCUCCUACACAUCGUAUACGUCGAAAAAUAACGGCCUGUCAUGCAAUGAUUAAAUUAAUCGAUAAUAUAUUUGAUAAAGAUUUUAUUUUGACCAUAACAUUGAAAACAAUGAAUAUACCAAGAAUGUUAGUUGAAACAGAUAUCAAUUCACAAUCAAAGGCUUGUAUGCUAACAUUUUAUCCCAAUUUCGAUUAUGAUGAGUCAAAAAGUGUGACAGAAAUUAUUUUUCUAAUUGAUGUCUCAAAUUCUAUGGAUGGAAAACCGUUGAAACAAGCGAAACAAUUAACACAUACGUUUCUAUCAAACAUGAUAUCUGUUGAUAAUAUUUUAUUUAAUGUUAUUGCAUUUGGUUCUGAUAAUGAUGAAUGUUUUCCAAUAUCUUAUCCAAUUACAAAAGACAACUUGGACAAGGCAAAACAUUUUGUUUUGCACUCACUAGAUCAUCGUGGUAAUACAGAUUUAUUUUCUGUUCUACGUACAUAUUCAUUAUUGCCAUCAAAUAAUACACGAAAUUUUGUUUUAUUAUCUGAUGGUCAUCUCAAUGAUAUUGAAUCAAUACUAUUAUUAUUAAAACAAUCUCAAAUGACUCAUGAUCGAUUUUUUACGUGUUCAAUUAGCGAUACAGCCAAUAAACAAAUCUUGAAACAAUUAGUUAAUGGAAGCAGUGGUGGAGGUCAAGCAACUGUUUUUGAUCAAAAUUAUCGAUCAAAAUGGAAGACAAAAGUUUUGAAUAUAUUAACAAAUAUUCGUCAACCUUGUGUCAAUGGAAUAAUGAUUGAUUGGCAUAAUGAACAAAUAUAUGAGAAUAAUAACAAUCGAUUUAUUCAAGCACCAUCACGUAUCCAUUCAUUGUUCAAUGGGAUGCGUUUAACUGUCUACGGUUUUAUUGAUAAUUGCUUUAAGGCCACACUGAGAGCCAAUAUAAAUGGUCAAGAAUUAGCUACAACUGUUUUUACAAAUAAAAUGACCGAAACUACUGGAAGAGUAUUACAUUGUUUAACAGCUCGUGCUAUUAUUGACGAUUGGGAAAAUGGCUUGUUAAGUAUGAAUGAAGCUGUCAAUGAACAAUUAAAAUUUCAAUAUAAACAACAUAUUAUUGAUCUAAGUAUAAAAUAUUCAAUAGUCAGUCCGUUCACGAGUUUUGUUGCUAUCGAAGAAAGAAGCAAAGAUGAUACACAAAUGCAACAAGGUAUUCGUUUAUUAGAUAUUAUGCUUGAAAAAAAUCGUGAACUUUUACCAUAUAUUGGCUGGGAUGGAGACAAUUCACAGGUACAUUAGAGAAGUUGUGAAAAAUAAUAGAACUCGUGGAACGGGGGUAGACAUAUUUCUCUACAUGAUGAUACAGAUGAAAAUCAUUCGUUUUCUCGCAUUUCGUAGAAACAUAAAAAUCUAAUGUAUUUACAAAAGAAAACAAAUUUUCGUUUUCUAUCAGCAAAAUAUUCAAUUUACUGUAAUUUCUGUUCUUGUAAUAGUUUUAUAGAUAUACAAAUACAAAUCUAUCGAUAUUCUUUUUGAAAAUGAAUAAUAUUCAAUGAAAUAGAAUGCAGAGUUUGCAUGUGCUUGACAAAAAUCAACGGUGUAUAUGUACAUAUUAUUCAUUUAUACGAGAAAAGCAACUGAACCAACAACACAUUACCUAUGAGAAAUGUUGGAGGUAUAAUUAGAUAUACGAAAUAAACGCAUGCGAAAACUAUGUUAUGUGAAUAUGGGACAAUUUUUGAGACCAUGAGGACUC